UUUUUUUUUUUUUUUGUGACAGAUUUUGGGUUUGGAAGAGCAUCUAGCCAACUUCAAAAUUAUCCACGUUGCUGGAACUAAGGGAAAGGACAUUGAAGGAGGAGCUACUGUGCAUCAAAUUUACUGCACUUGAUGGACAUUUCUUUAAGGGUUCCACGUGCACUUUUUGUGAGGCAAUUUUGAGGGAGUGUGGUUUCCGAACUGGACUGUUUACUUCUCCUCACUUAAUUGAUGUGAGAGAAAGAUUUCGUCUAGAUGGGUUGGACAUAGCUGAAGAUAAAUUUCUUCAUUACUUUUGGGAAUGUUGGAAUCAGCUGAAGGAAAACGUCACAGAUGAUUUGCCUAUGCCUCCACUAUUCCAAUUCCUCACUGUUUUGGCAUUUAAAAUCUUUUCUAGUGAAGAGGUAGAUGUUGCUAUCAUUGAAGUUGGUAUGGGAGGGUUGAAUGAUUCAACAAAUGUGAUCAAGGAUCCUGUUGUUUGUGGCAUUAGUCCACUAGGUAUGGAUCACAUAGAAACAUUGGGUGAUACGCUGGGCUUAAUUGCUUCUCACAAGGCCGGAAUUUUCAAGCCUCAAGUUCCUGCAUUCACGGUGCCACAACUAUCUGAAGCGAUGGAAGUUCUUGAGGAGAGGGCCAAUGGAUUGAUGGCCCCUUUGGAAGUAGCAAAGCCACUUGAUUGCAAGAAGUUAAAUGGAAUAAAAUUAAGCUUGUCUGGUGAUCAUCAGUUCACCAAUGCUGGCCUUGCAGUAUCCCUUUGUAAAUGUUGGUUACAGAGAACAGGAAACUGGGGGAAGCAGUUUCAGCAGGUUAGCCUGGAGGAAGAGAUUUUGCCAGAGGCAUUUUUGAGGGGUCUUUCAACUGCACGUCUUUCUGGAAGGGCGCAGAUUGUUCAUGACUCUUCUUUGGAUAUGUCAGGAGUGAACAUUAGUUCUUCGGGAGAUUUGAUCUUCUACUUGGAUGGGGCUCACAGUCCGGAAAGCAUGGAAGCCUGUGCCAGGUGGUACUCUACUGCUGUGAAAGAAAACAAUAAUAAUUCAUCAUUUUCACCGUCUUGUUCAAAGUUUCUAACUAUGGAGGGAGUUUGGGGCAAUGGUAGGGCGAACCAUGAAAACAAUGAGUCCAACAAAAUAUUCAAGCAGAUACUGUUGUUCAACUGCAUGGAUGUGAGAGAUCCCCAAAUUCUUCUUCCAACCCUCGUUAAUACAUGUGCUUCCUCAGGUACUUAUUUCUCAAAAGCUAUUUUUGUUCCAAGUAUCUCAAAAUAUAGCAAGGUUACUUCUGCUUCCUCAGCUGUCCCUUUAGAUAACCCGCCCAAGGAUUUAACAUGGCAGUUUAAUCUCCAGAGAGUGUGGGAGAAGAUAAUCCAUGGAAAAGAUGUAUCUAAUAAGAGUCUCCAUAUGAAAAUUCCCGAAAGUUUUCCAUCACGCAAAUUCAUUCAUGAGGAUGUUUCCAGAUGCAAUCCUACAGAUGGACAUUUCGCAUGCAGUGUUGUGGUUUCUUCGUUACCAUUAACAAUAAAGUGGUUAAGGGAUUCCGUUAAAGAAAACUCCUCCCUUCGGAUUCAGGUUCUUGUCACUGGUUCGUUGCACCUGGUUGGAGAUGUAUUAAAGCUACUUAGGAGAUGAUAUGAAACAAAUUUGGAACUGACUGAAGCAAAGAAAGCUCUGAGAUGUUCCUUCAAUUCAUCUCUUCGAUGCCACUGCUUUAAGUUUGAUUGUUUAGAUUAAACUAUUUUACAAAGUAACGCUCAAUUUAUUUGCACAGCUGAUUAAUAAAUUUUUUACUAAGCUUUAUUCAGAAUGUCUGGAACAAAGUUACACUAUACACAGAAUAAUUCUUCAAAAUUUCAUUCUUUCUAAAGGUUGUACGAUAUUAUUCAAAUCAUAAGUCAAUUUUGAGUGUUAAGAAAUAAA